UGUUCUUUAUUCUCUCUUUCUCUCUCUCUUAUAGCUUCUGCAAAUAGUUUACCCCACAAACUUCCAAACAAAAAGAAUUAAUAGAAAGUGAGAUUUGCAAGAAUUAAAGGAACCUCUCAAACACCAAACUCAACCCUUUAUAAUCUAUAGUUCAUCAUAUUUAUGUGGCUACCAUGUUACUAUUAAUAUCUCUUCUCUUUGUUCAUCAUCAUCAUCAUCAUCAUCAUCAUGUCAAAUUUCUCUUAUUCACAAUAUAAAUCCAAGAUUCAAAACCCCUUUUUCUCUUCUUCUUCUUAUUUCAUCAUCAUCAUCCAUGGCUUGUUUUGAGAUUUGUUCAUCAUGACCAUGGUUCCUUCUCAAAGCAACAAAACUAAUGGUGAUUAUGUUUUCUACAACAAUACAACAAGUGAUAUGAACCACUUUCAAUUUGUUGAAGAUUACAACAACUACAAUAAUAAUUGUUUAAGAUCUGAAUUUUUGUUCAAGCACAUGGCUGAACAAGAGGAAUCGUUUUCGAGACUCAACGCUCGUCGUCAUAACGAACCCGAACUCGAACCCGAACCUGAACCCGAAGGAGAAACUAUUUCUACCUCAAAGGAAAACGAAGAACAAGAAAGAGAAUCAAACAACAACAAUAACACCAACAACUGGCUUCAAUUAAGCAUAGGUAACACCGUCGUGAGAACAACAACUACAAAACACGACGCUGAUGAGACUCAAGCUCCAACAAAUCUGUUGGAGCUUGAGUUGUUAUCACGCCCUGAUUUAGAGCAACCUUCUAUCAGAGGUUGCUCUACUUUUAAUUCUUCAAUGUUUUUCGAACAAACAACACCGUCUUCUUCUUCAUCGUCCGUGUCCAUAUCAAUGUCCAUGCCAGCCGGGCCAAGUUAUAGUCAUCAACAACAUCUAGUUCCACAUAACUGGUCAUUUGGUCCAUUACUACCACAUUCUAUGGCAAUUAUGGCUUCUUCUACAUCUUACAUUCCAUCUUCUUCUUCCUCGCAAUCUUGUUCUUCUUUAAGACCUAAUUAUUAUCCUCAAUAUCAUCAUGCAUCACCUUUUCAUUUUCCUUCAUCUUCUUCUUCUUCUGGAUUUGAUCAAUUUGAUAUUGCUGGACCUAGCUCAUCAUCUCAUCUCACUUUUCGAGUCGUCGAUCCUCCUCGUCGACCUCAUUCCGGAAUAUGGUUUAUGCUACAAGCCUCACAAAAUCAAGUGAAAGAACCAUUUUUGCCUCAAAUACCUAAGAACUAUCUUAGAAUCAAAGAUGGAAGAAUGACAGUUAGGUUGCUCAUGAAGUAUCUGGUUAACAAACUCAAAUUGGAGAGCGAAUCAGAGAUAGAGAUAACAUGCAAAGGACAACAACUUUUACCUUUCUUGACGUUGCAACAUGUGAGGGAUAAUAUUUGGACACCAAGGGACACAACAACAACAACAACAACAACACCUUUGCUUUCAGAUUCCUCAACAACUGAUCAUGUAAUGGUGCUUCACUACUCUAGAAGCACUUCUUGAAAAAAGCACUUCAAUUUCUCUGCCUCAUUGUAUCCAUCCUUGUUAACUUAUUAUUAUCUAAACUCAAAAUUUUCUAUUUUAAUGAGUUUUGAUUUUUAUUUAUUUUUAUUUUAUUUUGAUAUGGCAUAUCAUGAGAAUUUAAUUACCCUAAGAUAGUGUUUAUUCCAUUACUGUUUUGGGGUGAGGGCAUUAUUGUCCAAAAUUGUAUGUUCAUGUUAGGUGAGGUGAGUGACAAGUUUGCCAUCAAUUGUAUUAUUAAGCACAAAACUCAAUCUAAUUUUAUAUACUAACCCA